AUGCAUAGUAGCACUCCAUCAUCAAAUGGAAGUGGAAUGUAUGUCAUUGGCUUUGAGAAGGCCCUGAAAGCACAAGCGAGUUACGUGAAUGAUUGGCCCAAAUGCACAUGGUCCCUAGACCCCUACACUGCCUUCACUCUCCUGGCAGGCAGCUAUGAACUCAUGGAGAGUUCCCUACGAGCAGUUAACAGAGGAAGAGAAAACGGCUUUGGUGUGUCGGUCCACGGUUCUAAAGACAGCAACAGGAUAUACAAGGGGAUCCAUGUGAACAACGUCCGGCCAAGCAGUACCACACCCUUCCGACUACAGUCACUGCUUCAGAGAUGGCCAUUUGAUCCAUUCCGCAUCAAGAGAUGCAACGAACCUUCUGCAGGGCCUCUGGGGAAGAAAGCACGUGCUCCUUGUGCACAGGGACUAGAGCCCAGAGCUGCCAAGAACUCUCAUGCAGAGUCCGAGACUGAACGCAGUGGACCACCCCUCGCUCGCUCGCACGCACGCACGUUCAUUCUCCGUCCUCGCGCCCCUUUUCCUACACUUUCCUCUUCUCCCCGACCGGAGGAGCCGCUCUUUCCGCGCAGUGCAUUCUGGGGACCCAGGUCGAGCCCGCCGUCGCCUGAGGGAAGCGAGAAGAGGCCGCGACCGGGAAGAAAACGCCAAGUCGCCACCGGAGAAGAGCCGACUGCCCAGCAGCUGCUGCCGGAGAGGCCCGCCCACCCGCUCGCCCGUCCCCCUGCCCCGUUCACGAUGCAGCCUGCUUCUGCAAAGUGGGACGAUCGAAGGGACUACGUCUUCAUUGAAUUUUGUGUUGAAGACAGUAAAGAUGUUAAUGUAAAUUUUGAAAAAUACAAACUUACGUUCAGUUGUCUUGGAGGAAGUGAUAAUUUUAAACAUUUAAAUGAAAUUGAUCUUUUUCACUGUAUUGAUCCAAAUGAUUCCAAGCAUAAAAGAACGGACAGAUCAAUUUUAUGUUGUUUACGAAAAGGCGAGUCUGGCCAGUCAUGGCCACGGUUAACAAAAGAAAGGGCAAAGCUUAAUUGGCUUAGUGUGGACUUCAAUAAUUGGAAAGACUGGGAAGAUGAUUCAGAUGAAGACAUGUCUAAUUUUGAUCGUUUCUCUGAGAUGAUGAACAACAUGGGUGGUGAUGAGGAUGUAGAUUUACCAGAAGUAGAUGGAGCAGAUGAUGAUUCACAAGACAGUGAUGAUGAAAAAAUGCCAGAUCUGGAGUAAAGAAUGUUGUCAUCACCGGAUUUUGAGAAAAGAAAAGUAACUUCUCUGCAAGAUUUCAUAAUUGAGAGAAUUCCUGAGUCGAUAGCUCUAAAGGCAGAUGCUGUAUUUGCCUCCUUUAACCCAUUUUUCAACCUGUUUGUUUUUUUAAAGGCUUCACUAAGGGUUGAUACGUACCAUUGUAUGGGGCAGUUUUAAGUCAGCUAAGGCAAUAACCUUAUGCAUGAACUUUUCCCAAACUUCCAUGAUGCUGUUGAGGUCCUAGGCAAUUGACACAGCAGUUGUGAUAAAUAAAAACAUUUCACCUCAGUCUCCUUUACUUCAUAACAUAGAUACUGACAUGAUAGGAAGCUCUUGGCUUAGAAGAAAGAUAACUAAAUUUUAGAUUUUAGAAAAUGGACUCAAAAGUGGCUGAUGAAACAAAUUGGUUGAUACCUUAAUCUUGGUAACUUGUUCUCUGGUAUAUCCUCCAGGAUUAUUCCACUAAAGUUUUUAUUUUUCAAAGAAUUUACUUCACAUUAUUGUAAGUAAUCAGUUGUCAGUGUUCCAGAUGUAUCUUAGCUAAAACUAGUGAAUGCCCUAACUUAGAUGGUUUUGAAGCCUGUACAUUUGGUAUUGUUUGACCCUUAAACUUUUACAUCUCUUAGCAUGGAGGACGAAGAAAGGCUGUACAUUGUUGCUUGAGAGUCCGUACAUUUAGACCAAAUUGUAUUUACACUGUCAGUAUGGCAAAUGAGUG